AUGUGUAAACGCAUGUUCACCCGUCAUCAUUACUUUGCAUAAGUUUACUUAACCUUAAAUAACACCAAUAACACUGAAAUGUCAAGCGUAGGAUUUUUCAUUUAUUAAAAUUUUAAUUAAAAUUGUUUUGUUUUGUUUGUUAAAUUUUCAUUUAUAGACUUUAGCUAUGUAUUCUUUGAAACAGGUAUUAUUUGCAUCAAAAUCUUCAAUAAAACUAUGUAAACUGUUACAAAAUGCAGAAAAGAUCUCCACUUCAGCAGCAUUUGCUAAUACUGUAAAAAUAUUCGACCGCAACACAAAAAGUCUUCAAAGAGAAAGAGCUGCCCAUGCAGAAGAUGUAGAUUUGUAUGGUUAUUUGAAAGACGAGAUUGGGUUUCGACUGGCCGAUCGUGUAUUUGAUAUCAAGAGAAAAUUCAAAGUAGCAGCUGAUAUAGGUUGUAAUCGAGGACAUGUUGCUAAACAUAUUUCUCCUGAUUCUGUUGAAGAGUUAAUCCUCUGUGAUGUCAGUCAGAGGAAUCUAGAUUCGGCUCCAGUAGCUGACGGGAUCAAAGUUAAAAAGCAGAUUCUGGAUGAGGAACACAUAGAAUUUGAUGAGAACUCCUUGGAUUUGGUCAUAUCAUGUUUGAGUCUUCAUUGGGUAAAUGAUUUACCAAGGGCGUUCAAAAGGAUACUCAAUUGCCUAAAGCAAGAUGGAGUCCUACUUGCUGCUGUGUUUGGCGGUGACACACUCUACGAACUACGUUCCUCAUUGCAACUGGCAGAGCUGGAGAGAAGAGGAGGACUGUCACCACACAUAUCACCGUUCACGGAAGUCAGGGAUAUCGGCAGUUUGCUCACUAGGGCGGGAUUUAGUAUGCUCACUAUAGACACAGAUGAGAUCGUCGUCAAGUAUCCCACGAUUUUCGAAUUGAUGUGGGAUUUGAAAGGGAUGGCCGAAAGUAAUGCUGCUCUGAAUAGAUCACUGCAUCUACAUCGUGACACCCAGUUUGCUGCCGGCGCCAUAUACCAGCAGAUGUACGGCUCCACGGAUCCAGAAACAGGACAGGUUUCAAUACCAGCAACAUUUCAGAUUAUAAAUAUGCUUGGUUGGAAGCCUCAUCCCAAACAACCAAAGCCUAUAGAAAGAGGCACAGGAGAAGUUUCUUUGAAGGAUUUGUAUAAGAUAGAUGAGAUAAUAAAAGAAGUGAAAAAGAUCAAGACUGAUGAUGAAAAAAAAUGAUUAUAAUUUUGUUGUAUUACAAAAAGAUAAUAUAUAUGUUACAUAUUUGUUAGUUACCCUUAUAAAUAAAUAUUGAGUUAUUUGAU